UACACGCAUAACUGUCAAAAUAAAAAAUACUGAGUUGAAUCUGAAAGUAUUAUUUUCAGAAAAUUAUAGUGUAAUUUGUAUGAUUUAUUUCUACACGUCAUAAACAACGAAUUACUUCAGAAAUACCAACUCGGAUUCCAAAUUCACAUAGAAUUUGAGAUAUAGAGAAAUAUAAUUAAUAAAUAAUAUGUCUGCAAAAUAUAAUUUAACCAGUGCUAAUUAGAUUUUAGAAUUACAUUUACAAUCUCAACUAGUUAAAAAAAUUUACUAUCAUUUAUAGAUAAUCGUAAUCACUUAUCCAUAUGGAGUCAAAACUAAAAGAGUAUCGUGCCAUUCGCAGAAGAAGAGAAUUAAUUGAUAGCGCAAAAGAAAAACUAGAAAAUUCCAAAAGAAAGAUCGUAAACUUUCUCAUUCCUGAAACAUUUAGAAAUAUGGAUAAAAAUGACCAACGAAACGAGGAAGAGGUUUUAUUAUUAGAAAAUGAACACCAAGAACCUGUCUCACAAAGCCUUAUAAUGGAGGAGUCGGUGGAUGCAUCAGAACUAAGUGAAAAUGGAUCAAUUAUAGAUGAAAAACAGGAAUCAUGGAAAUAUUUUACAGUAAAAUGGUCUAUUUAUGGCUUAAUCUGGGUCACCUUGUACAUAUUCUUUCUUACACUGCAAUUUGGUGCAGUAUUCUUUGUUAUAUCUAUUUUAAUUGGUAUAUGUCUCAAUACUAGGACGAGGCCUAAAAAGAAAGGUGAAGUUUCAGCUUACAGUGUGUUCAACGAGAACUGUGUAAGUAUAGAUGGUACUUUGAAAGCAGAACAGUUUGAAAAGGAAAUAAUGUAUGGGGCUGGUGGAAUGAGAGGAUUUUAAUUAAAAGAAAACAUUGUGAUGUGAUUUACUUAUGGCCUUACUUAACAAUGUUUAGCUAGUUCUUGGCUAAACUCUGAUUUGUCACUUAUGCAUCAUUCAUCAUUUGAUAGUCAAAAGAAGUUUGGAAUAGAUACUAAUCUCUAAUUAUUCAACCUCCUAAACUACAUUUAUAGUUAUAGAUAAAUUAAUGAUUAUAUUAUGGCUUAAGCCAAAACUAGAUAGAAGACUAAAAGUCUUUGAAUAAUUAUAAAAUCAUAAUAUAUUCUCUAAAAGAUGUGACAAAAAUUAAAUUAAACCUAUAUUUGCUAUUUUUAUACUAGUGGACAUUCCACUUAUUAAAGUUUAUCAUAUAAAUAUUAUAUGUGUUUUUUUUUUAAUAUUAUGAUUGUAGACAGGCAAAUGAGGCAUUUUUUGUGAUGAAGAUAGGUAGACAAGCAAAAAGCUGAUAGUUGGUAGUCACCACUGUCCAUAGACAAUGGUGCUGUGUAAAAUAUUAAUCAUUCCAUACAUUGCUAAUUCACCACCAACCUUAGGAACUGAGAUGUUAUGUCCCUUGUGUCUGUGGUUAGACUGGCUUACUCACUAGACUGGAGCAGAACGAUACUAAGUACCACUGUUCGCUCAUAGAAUGAGUGGGUUGUACUUACCCAGGCAGGUUUGCUCAAAGCCCUACUUGCUACUGAUAAAAAUACCUUAUGUUUGUACAUUGACACUAAGAAAUAUAUUAUCUAUUCGAAAUAACUAAACUUAACAUCCUAAGCAAUGUUAUAAAAUCGAAAGUCAGGUGGUUUACUCAUUACAAAUUUGCGUGAUAACUACUCUUUUCUAUUCUCAUGACAAUUUGCAUCCACAUUGUAUAUAAAGUGAGAAUAAAAGAAUACAUAUUUCUUUUGCAAGUUAGCCACUCAAAACGUAUGUAGACAACCAAAGACUUUUGUAAGAAACAAUAGUCUAAAUAUAUAUCUUAUUCAUAUGUAAAUUAACUUAUUAUAUUGUAUAGCUUAUUGUAUGGAUUUAUUACUGGUGUUAUUAAAUGUGAUAAUUAUUUAUUGUAAUAAAUAGUUUAUAGUAA